UUUGAAGCGGUUGUUUCGGAUGGUUACGGUACAGGAAUGAAUUGUCAUAUUUUAUUUGUUUUCAAAGUUGGCCAUUCUGUACAACGAAAACCUAAACCUGUUAAUGGUCGGACACAUCAUUGGAGGUGUUAUGUAGACAGUUGGAAUCCACGUUAUCCUUUGUCAGCAUUUGUGAAGAAAGUCACUUUUAAACUACAUAGUACAUUUGAAAAUCCAAGACAAGGUGUCCGCUUGAGGUUGUUUUAUGUAUAUGUAUGUAUAUGUCAUUUAGUUCUAGUCACUCCACGUAGAUAGGUAGGAAAUUUACUCUGUAUUUACGUUUUGAAAUCCUUAUUACUCCUUAGCGAUUAAUGUUUCUUGGAUUGUGGGGGCAAAGUUAGAUCCAAUCGUUCCACAUCUCAUUGUUUUCACAUUCUCACGACAAAUUUCCACUGUUUGCAAGUAUAUUUAGUAACCAAAGAAUUCUGAGUAGUGAAAUAUUGUUUGAUUUGUUGGGAGAACUAAACUUUCAGUAUUCGGUUAUGAGUGUCUUUACGUACUUUGGUGCUAGCAAAAUAUCAAUGUCAAGGCUUCAGAUAGAGUUUCGAUAAAGAGGAACCAAUCAAUGUAGUUGCGAAUUCUCAGUAACUGAAUCAUCUGAGAUAUUUAUCCGCAUCUGAUUAUGGGUUAUCUCGAUUCACAAUAUCGAAAGUCGUAAUAACGGACUAGUGAAGGUCAGUCCAAGUUAACUCAUCAUUCUAUAAAAUUAAUGACUUUUGAUCUGAACACUGAGUCAGUCAUUUAGUAUCAAAAAAAUCAAUGGUCUAAGGUUUUAAGUGAUAUAGCCCAGAAUAGGUUGUAAAUUCACAUCUUGUUCUACAUCUUGAACAUAUUCUGUUUGAACUGAAAAUGUAUAGAUUAGCCCUGAUGCUCAUAGGUUUACUGAAUCAAGCUUUUCACAUUAAUGUAUCCUGUGGUUUUCCACAUAUUGAUACAGGUCCAUAGCUUGAUUCAUAUCUUUCCCUUGGUAUUAACAUGAUAAACUCGGAAGCCCUAUCUUGCAUGAGCAGUGUUCUAAAGAAUAUUGCAGAUUGUAAUCCGCUAUACAUGCCACACCUUAUAGAAAAAUAUCACUGUGUAUACUCGUCCCCCAAUCACAAUAUGUUAGUACUUAUUAGCUUGAAAAAUGAGGUUCUUAAUCCACCCUAUCCCACUAAUUAUUAUCGUCUUAUAAGAUCAUUUACACGUCUUAUUCGAGUGAAAAUACCCUAAGCCUAGCUGGUCUUGACGUUUGAGCCAAUUCGUCUACAUCAAUUCAUUUAGGUUGAUGAAUUUGUUGAACACAUUCAAUCGGUAGUUGAUGGCAAAAUAACGUAUUUGAGUUCAACAUUGAAUUGGUGUGAGAUUGUAGCAAAUAGCAUAUUGCUUUACGAUAAUAUUCCUCACACCUUUAAUAUAUGAUAAAAUUAGCUAAGAUGACGUCUUUUUUGUCCUGUUUUAAGAUUCUAAUUACUUUUACACAAGAUUUCAUUGUGUUCAUGGAGUAAAUUCUCGAUUCCUGUCAACUAUCAUAUGUUUAACUCCUUUAGUUAGGUUAGAGUACAAUGCAUCACUUCUACAGUAUCAAGGUUUAGUAGCAUGUCUUAACUUUGGUCAUUGAUAAACUUAAUUACAUACCGUUUUUUUAUAGUUGUGCGACAAGCUCCGUUCGCUAUAGAAGAAGAUGGUUUUGGAACAUUUCAGCUUCAAAUUGAAGUCGCAUUCCUUGACUGUGUUACUACAUUUUACUAUGAUUUAACACUUUUCGAUCAGAAUGCUUUACACACAUAUCGUACGAUACAAAUGGAUCCCGCUCCUGAAGAUUGGAGUAAACUCAUUCAACUUGGAGGAAUCGCUAUUCCACGGACAUCAACUCAAUCUACUGUACAUGAGAUCGUUCAAACUAUUCAGUCAUACUCUGACCUAGAAUCACUUCAUCCAUUUUCGUUCUAUCCAGAAUUGGAACCAACUACAAAAGCUGUUAGCAAAGAUAAAUCGAUUGCUUAUACAAAUCAAAACAAAGUGCAAAAUUAUCAAGAGUCCGAUGUAUAUCCAAACUCAAAAGUAUUGGACUACAGCUCAAAUUAUCAAACUUUACAUUAUGAUGAAUUAGUUAGAAAAUCACCGGAAAAGCAUAAUUUCAUAAUGGAUUCAAAUGUUAGGCAUAGUUUACCAGUAUCAUCUUCAUCCUCUUCGGAUCGAUUAUUGACAAAUCAACAUCUACCACAAAAACAUAAAAAGAAAUUACAAUUAUUACAUGAAGCUCAAUUAUUAUUGGAAAAAGCACAACAGAGUAGAAAUUGGGCACCGGUAAUCUCUCCACCUCCACCACCACCUGUGCAACCACUUAUAACUGGAACUAUAAAUAGUCCUGAAGAUAGUCAUAUACCUUCACCGAAUCUAUCUACGUGGUCUUCACAAUUAAGUCCAUCAAGAUCAAGUUCACACGAUCCGACUGAUGUACUGAAUCAUCAUCAACAUAAUCUAUCCUAUGAAAAUCAAAAAUCUCCUGUUGCACAAUUUCAUGAGGAACCAAUCGUCGAUCCGCCAUUCAACAAAUCUCCAAGAUCUGACUCGACUAGGUUAGUAUCUAUGAUUGGCUCUAGUCACGAUAGUUCUGGUCCUAAACAACGUAUUGUAUUAAAAUUAUCACGAUCGAGUUGUGGAAGUCAGUUGUCUGUUUCAUCUUCACAACCACUCGAAGAUGAAUCUAUGGAAAGAUCGGAAAGAAAAAAACGUAAAAAAGAAUCAAAGAACGAACGUCGUAGUAAGAAUUUGGGGAGCUCGCCUACAAAACAUUCGUCUGAAUGUCAUAAUACUACUGUAGUGACUACUACUAAUACCACUAAUGUUUAUACUUUGAAUAAAGAUAUAAUUAAUACUGUCACAAACAAGAGUAAACAAGCUGCACAAAUAUUUUCUUCGGAAACAUCACCUUCAUUAUGUAAAAGAAAUUCACCAAGAAAGUAUUCAUCUCAUGAUACGUAUUCAAAUGAUUCAAGUCCUGAAUUAACAUAUAAUUCACGUAAAUCUACACUAAAUAAAAAUCUUAAAAUUUCCUUUGAUAACAACAAUAAUAAUAAUAAUCAGAAAACCUUUGUAGAUGCUGAUGAACACGAUGAUCUAUUUAAAUAUAAUCGAAGAAAUUCAAAUCAACAAUAUUAUCAACAAUAUUCAUCGGUUAAUAAUAUACAACAGGAUACAAAUGAUACAUUUACAUCUGAUAUUGAUUCAUUAUGUGAUUCUGUUAGUCGAUCAACUCAUUCACAUUUACUUCUUAUUGAUCAAAAAGAAGAUGAUUAUCAUGAUGAAUCCGGAAGAGAAACUCCAGUAGUUGAUUAUUUUGGUGAUGAAUUUCAACAACAACAACAACAUAAUCAGAAAGAUCAACAACAUUCAUCUGCAUUUUCAUCGUCAACAAUUGGAUCUUCAUUGAUGGUAAGAAAUGUCAAAUAUCCUGAUGAAAUAUCUAUUGUUAAUAGUCAAAAUCGUAUCCAAUCAAUUAUUAACAAUGAUACUAAUAGUAAUAAUAGAUUAGAUGAUUCAGGAGAACCAUUAACACAUUCAGUUAUUGUUAAUACAAGUAGAGAAUUAUAUGAAGAAUUUAAUGAUUUUACAUCAUUAUCAAAAAAUUGCUCAACUUAUGAACAUUCUAAUGAUCAAGAUGAUAUAAAACGAAAUAAAUUCAAUAUAGAUGAAAAAAUCAAAUUAAAACAAUUAAAUAAUAAAUUAAAGCAUAAAAAUUCUUUUAAUUCAUCAAUUAAACUAUUAUCUCAUACAGGCAAGAACCAACUAGAUCUUGAAAGAUCCAUUGACUCAACAAUUCGGGUACCACCACCAGUAAAACAGUUUAAAGUAUCAGAUCAUUCCAAUUCGAUGAAUAAUAAUUGUCAGUCAAAAUCACUUAGUAAUCUCGAAAGUCAUUCAGCAGACGUGUAUAAUAGAAAAAAGCCAGUUGCGAAAAAAUUCAAAUCUCAUGAUAGCUCGUCUUCUUCUUCUUCUUCUUCAUCAUCAUCAUCAUCCUCUUCGUCUUCAACAACAUCGUCAUCGUCAAAACGAUUGAAUAUACCUGCAGUUGAUCAUUCUACAUUGUAUGGAAAUUCACCAACCAUUCAUAAAACAAAAGACAAUGAGUUGAAAAAUAUGGGUAAAUUUAAAACAAUUGAAAAGUCAUCAGAACAACGGCAACACUCAUCAAAUAAAAUGCUACCCAGCGAUCAUGAAACAUGGAAAUCAAUGACAGUCUCCGGUACACAUAAAUAUGCUUCGAAAGUUUUAUAUCCCACUGAGAAUAAUAAGCAAAAUAAUAAUGAACAAUUGGCAAUGAGAGAACAGUCAAAUCGAGGACCUUCCAAUAGUUCCACUUCAUUCGACAAAGUUAGUAACGACAGCAAUAACAUCGCAACAUCAACUGUGUCGCAAAUCGAUAAUGACUUUAUUAAUACAGAGUUAUCAUCUUUAUCUUCGGAUUCACCAUGUGAUUCUUCAUCAUCCUCUGUCACUCCACCAAUGUUAUCUGAUGAAACUUUUCAUUUGAUAAGUGUGAACGAAGUUGAAUUCGAUGAAUCUCAAAGUGGUACUGUAAACAACUCAAAAUCAAGUGUAAACAAACCUAUUGCAACUCCGGCUUCUCUACUCUCGGUACGUGGAUCAAAAUCUGUUGCCGUACAGGAGAAAAACGAUACAAAUCCCACCAGUAAAGUAAUCUCAUCUAAUAAUAAUAGUAGCAAGUUGGAAAGAUGUAUGAAUCUCGAUCAUCAGGUUACUUCUGCAAACGUUGACAACGAUAAUUCAGAAUCCACAAAACCCAGUGAUUAUAAUUUGGAAGUUUUAUUCGAUAGAUUAAUUCGUUUACGUGAACCACAUCUAGCUAUUCGUAUGAGUGAAAUCCUGUUAUACUACAUAUCUGUAAAACCACUUGAUUCUUCAGAACGUAAAAAUAAGUCAAAUCUCAGUGCAUCCAAUAGUAAUAACAGUAGUAAUUUUGGCAAGGGUGUAAAAGUGAUACACGAUAACCCUAAAUUGAUUGCAUUUGACCUGCGUAAGUUACCUAAUUCAUGCAUUGAAAAAUUAACAGCUCUUAUUAAAGAAGAUGAAGAUAUAUUUCGAAAACACAAUUUCACAACUCUGUCUAAAUCAAAUGAUAUAAAAAAUAGUAUAUGUAGUGCUAGAAGACCUGUUCUCACUGAAGACGUUGGCCGUAAUGAUAACUUUCAUAAUCCCGAUAGGCGUUAUGAGUGCAGUGAUCAAAGAGAUUCCUCAGGAUCUGGAGAUCCAUAGUAAUUUUACUUUAUGUUUGUGAUAACCCUUCAUCUCUUCGAUAUUAAGACGAUUGCACAUGUAAGGUGAUGCCACGCUUUUCUGCUUUGUACAUUAUAUUUCCGUAUAUACCUGAUUUCUACUUCUUUCUUGUCUUAUCAUUAUUUUGUGCACAGAUACGUGUUUUAGUUUAUUUGCUUUUCUGAAAACAAGACUGUACAUAUACCCGAAGUUUUCAAAGUUUCUUGUACUUUGCUGUUCGUCUAACUUGCUCAAAAUACAUGUCAUUAAAUGAUAUGCAUUCGUAUGAUUUUGUGUUGUAUUUCUGGUUUUCUGCAAUUUUUCACACUUAAUGCCUUACAGCAAAAUCUUAGUGGACACUUCAGUGCACAAAGCUCUUUUCUAUCAUACAAAUUUCAUUUCGAGA